UCUGUUUCACAGCUAGUGCUGUAACACAGUGCUGAUAAGCGGCUUGACCUCAAUAUGCAUAUUUUAAAGCCCAGAGAUCGGAAACAGUCGGGGUGACGUCAGAGAUCAGCUUCAGCACAGAGAUGCUAAAUGUUUCAGCCAAAGAGAUACUAUAAAUCUUUCUUAUCAUUGAUCAAAGACAAAUAGUUUCCUUAAUUGCCAGUAAUGGGUUAAAGGCUAAGUCAUAAAUAAAGAACUUGUACAAUUAUAUUUCUUUGUGUCUAAAGAUCUAGAGUUAUUCAUAGUCUGUAAGGAUGCCGUAUUGUGCUGUUUAUAAUUGUUCAAGCUCCUCAAAAGUGGACAAAAAUGUAUCAUUUUUUCGCUUCCCAAAAGAUGCAGGUCUUCAAAAGGCAUGGGUACAUUACUGCCGUAGAAGAGACCUUAAAUUAACAAAAUACAGUAAAAUAUGUGAGAAACACUGUACGCCAGAUCAAUAUUCUCGCUAUCCACCCCGGUUAGCUGAAUUAGGUUAUCCAAAUGCUCGUGCUCAGUUAAAAGAUGAUGCUGUACCCGAUGUUGAGUGGCCUACCCAAGACGAAUGUUCAACUUCAUCAAUCACUGAGAGAAAACCAUCGGGAUUUGGUGCAUUUAGAAAGCGACAAAGACUUGAGGUAUUAAAAGAGGCUAUGAUAGAAAGUGAUGACAGUGAUGAUAAUAUUGCAGAAGAAAAUGUAAAAGUAGAUGCAGAUGUUUCUGAAACUCAACCAGUAACCCUUUCAUCUUUGAGUAAUGUUUCUGCAGAAUGUGAGACAUUAUCAGUUGACAAAGCCAUCCAGUGCAGUGAAUUUCAGUACUGCAUUAAGUGCAGACAGCCUACUGCACUAGAAGGAAAUACAAAUAGUCAAGAAGACAACAUCAACAUUGAUGACUAUAUGGAGACUAAUGAACAUGAUGAAUUAAGUUCUGAUGAAGAUUAUAACAGAGAUGUAGACUCUGAUUUCAAUGCAAGCGAUUUUGAAGAUUCAGAAUUAGAUGAAGAGGAGACUUGUAAUUACAGAUUAGAUGAAACAGAUAAUCCAUCAGAAGAGAAAUAUUAUGUUGUGUCAGAAAGUGCACUCUCUCAACUUUUAUCUGUCUGUAAUGUUUGUAAUGGGAAAAGUGUCCCACUUGUAGAAUACAGCAAAGGUUCCAUGAUAUCUACAGUUUCUACAUGUGAAAAUGGUCACAUGAACAGAUGGCAGUCACAGUCAACACAUAAGAAAAUGCCAUGGUUUAAUUUACAUCUUGCAAGUGCAAUGCUUUUAAGUGGGAACAGCAUAUCAAAAGUUUUAAUGCUUUUCAACCAUUUGAAAGUUUUAGUCCCAAGUUCCCGCACUAUUUCCCGUCUUCAGUCCUGUUAUAGUAUUCCUGCUGUCAUAGAAGAAUUCUAUUUACAGCAAGCAGAAUAUUUUGAUGAUUUGCGCCAGAAACCUCAUGUGGUUCUUGGAGGUGAUGGAAGAUGUGACUUACCUGGUUACAGUGCAAAAUACUGUAGUUACUCACUGAUUGACCUUGAAACUAAUAAAAUCAUUGAUGUACAGUUGGUCCAGUUUUUUAUUUGAACUUGAUCUACCCAUAUGGAGUUAGAAGGCCUUAAACGUGGACUAAGGCACAUAACGGAAUUAAAUCGUGUCCAGGUGCAUGAUCUUGUGACAGAUCGCCAUGCAAUGAUAAAGUCAUACAUGAAGACUGAAAAACCCAAUAUCAAUCACUAUUUUGAUGUGUGGCACGUAGCAAAGGGAAUAUCAAGAAAACUAGAGACAGCUGCAAAAAAGCGUGGUGCUGGUCAGAUCCGUCGUUGGAUUAAAAGUAUCGUCAACCACACAUACUGGGUUGCAGCAUCAAGUGGAAACAAUGGGCAAAUGAAGACUGACAAAUGGAAAUCCUUAAGCAGCCAUCUUAUCAAUGUCCAUGAACAUGAUUCUGAGGUCUUUCCAAGAUGUGAACAUGGCCAGUUAGAUGAACCUAGAGACUGGAUGCAGCAAGGCUCUAGAUGCCACAAGAUGGUAAAAGAUAUCGUGGAGAGUCCCUAUCUUCUUCGAGAUCUUCCAAAAUUGUCACCUGUUUACCAGACAUAUGGGCUUGAAGUUUUUCACUCUGUGGUGAACCAUUUUGCACCAAAGAGUACGCACUUCCUUUACAUGCCAAUGCAUGCAAGGUUGUGUAUUGCUGCAUUUCAUUACAAUGAAAAUGGAACACGUCAGUCAUUAACAAGAGAGGGUGAACUACAGUGGAGUGUAUCAUACCCAAAGGCAAAGAAAGGACAGGAAUGUGUAGUAAAACCUCGAAGAGUGUCUGCAACCUUUGGUAAGUAA